AUGAGUAUCCUCAAGCUAAUGCUGUAUCAUGGUGUCCAUGUCAGCAGCCUACCUCAAAACGUUCAGUACCAUGGACGUGCUUCAUGCGUUCCAUUUAGGUGUGCUGAGAAGAACGCCCGUUUUCACUUGACCUACCAAGAACUAUGGGAUGCUGUUCGUUUUCACGAUAUGGCCCAAAUAGACACCUGGGUCAGUGAGGGGCGUGACCUUUUUGAUGACCACCAUAUGACUAUAUAUCACAUUGCUUCACAAUGCGGAAGCGUUGAGUUUAUAGAAGAGCUAGUUCGAAGGCAUCCUUCCACAACCCAUCUGAUUCUGCGCGGUAGUAAAGAUGUUGCUGUGACCAGCCUUCACUGGUGUUGUGUUAGUGCCAACGGUAAGGAAGACAGGAGCCACAGUGUCGGAAUUCUAGACGCACUCUGCACUGCAGCCGGACCAGGAGCAGCAAUAUUUGGUACAGGAGACGAAGAUGUGGUUACUUGGACGGACUGGGCAAGCGAGGACGAAAAUCUAAAGGAAUAUAUUACAUGGAGAAGAUAUAACACAACAGGUUUACCUCCCGAGAUACGGCGUCUAGACAAUCGUUCAAUUCACCAAUACAUACAAACGUUUGGCAGCAUGGGGAGUGAAUCCGCCCAGAGAUAUAAACAAGCCAUCCAAGGAAGGACAGAAACCUCCUACUGUAUCCGUCUGGUCUUCCUUGGGCACGAAGGUGUAGGGAAAACAACAUUGAUGUUGCGGAUGACUGACCAGGACGUAUCUAAAUUGAAACCCACUAAUCAGCUCGACGUCCUCCUCAAUCUGCUGAUCAUUGAUCGUAUAAGCAAUCAACGCAAACUUCUGCAGCCAGGAAUGGAACAAGAAGUUACACGCCAGAGGCUCAGAGAUGUUAUUGUCGAUUCAUUUCUGUCCGAGUCUUUAUCGGAAACUGAAGACUUCAAAACAUCGGAUGAUAAAGCGAAGACAUUGGGUACACUUAAUGUUGAUAUCGUAGCCAGCCGUGGUUCCUCUUCUGUUGAAAGCCAGACAUCCUCCAUCGUGACCCCAACCACGCCCUCUGAUGUUACCUUUCUGCCGAUCACACCAGUCUCACCUUUAUCACCGGAUACAGUCUUUGCUGGCCUUCCUACAGUUACCCCACCAGCCCACACAGAAGCAGCCAUUGUCAUGACGACUGGACCAACAGAGGAUUUUGGACAGCGAGGACACAAAACUUACGUCAGCGUCUUCGAUUUUGGUGGGGAAAUGAUGUUUUCUACUUUCCAACACAUUUUCCUGAACACUAAUGCAGUGAUACUUCUUUGCUUUAGUUUACAUAACUGUUUCGAGAACGACGCGAUUUUGGAACGUGUUUACUUCUGGCUGAAAUUCUUGUCUACAUUUUCGGAUGGAAAUUGCAGAUAUCAACCACCAGUGCUUCUCGUUGGAACUCAUUUAGACAUGGUGGAGGAGAGCCAGAGAACAACGAUCAGGAAAGAGGUCAGGAGAAAAAUCAAGAGCGACCCGAAGAUAGCUCGAGCUUUCGACAGACAUGUAGUCGAGUUUGUGGUGAUCGACAGCACACAAAAUGUACGGUCAGCGUAUGAUGGUCUCUGGAACCUCGUACUGGAGGCGGCUGUGCAUCAGUCGCAAUGGGGGCAGCUACUACCAGCUUCUUGGAUCACACUGGAACGGGACCUGAUGCUCCUGAAAGGUCAAGGAGUAAAAGUAGUAACUUUGGAUGAAGUCAAGACCAGAGCGAAGAAUCUGGUGGUACCGUUGGAUGAACGCGAUGUUCUUGCUAUGCUCGAGUAUCUUCAUGUCAUACGGAGCAUUUUAAGUUUUCAAUUAGAAAAUCCGGAUUCGCGCUUAAUAUUGGACCCACAAUGGUUGAUAAAGGCUUUCAGAAUGAUUGUGACCACUGUGAAAUUCCGCCAGGAGGGAUUAGACAUUGAUCUGAUUACGAAAUACGAAAAAACUAGAAGAUUGACCUUACCCUUUGUCGAUGCUGUAUGGACACAUGGGAGUGUAGACGGAUUCAUGGAGUUCCGAGAUACAAUUUUAUUUUACUUAGACCGUCUUGAGCUGAUCGUGAAACCACUUCCAAAAGAAGGUGAGGCAUCCGUCGACUACUAUAUAGUGCCGUGUUUGUUAGAUGAACCAAAUCCCGAUCAGAUAAGACCAUUGUUAGAACAGAAAGGAACAAUCAAAUCACCAACACUUUGUUUCGAAUUCCUUGGACGUUUCAUACCUCCAGCCGUGUACAACAAGAUUUUGGCUUCUUGCAUACAUCGAUUCGAAGUUCUUCGAAUGCCAAACCAAGACGAUAAAUUGUAUCUGCAGCAGGGGUUGGCGUGUUUUGCAAUAAGUGGGCGAUGGAAUAUGGUACUACACUGCAGAGACUCCCAAAUGAAGAUUACUUUAUUUUCCAGUGUUGUUAAGAAGGCAGAGGAAGGAGAUGGGUAUAUGGUUCGAAUCAUUUUGGAAAGUAUUGUUCAAGCUACAAUGAAAAGAUCUCAGCAGGGUCACCUAAAGUUUGAUUAUUACGUGAGUGAUCACUUUCAGGUGAAAAAUGACGAGAUUAUGGUAAAAGUUUUACUGACGACACAGAUGACGAAAACGAGGUCCCGACGGUCACUGGAAAGAGCUGUUUGGUUUACUGAACGAAAACAGAUGGUGAAGCCCUCUCUAUCAGUUUCACAAUCUGAGCGUACCUUUCUGAGAAGAUGUCCAGUGCCAAGGGAGAUAAUUCGAAUUGCAAAGUAUGUUGGGAAUACUUACACUCUUUUUUUUGGCAUCAUGGGAAUGAACGAAGUUAGAGUUCAACAACUCCGGGAACAAUUUGAGCAUGGACAACGACUGGAUUUUCUUUCUGUGAUAGCAAGAAUAACGUUCGCAUGGGAAGAUGAAUUUGGAGAUAAAGCAAACUUUAUGCUAGUGAAAAAUGCAUUUGAGUACUGUGGACUUGACCUGACUGGAUUUAUGGAAGAGAUUGCGCAACUUACAAGCAAUAGAAGAACAUUCGAUGAUCUUGGAAUUCCUGCUAGCAUUCAGAAUUCACGUCCAUUCGACGAUGAACUAUCCGAUAUAUGUAUGAUCAUCCUAAAAGGGUAUUUCAUAGUAUUCAUAGAACUUAAUGUUACCAUAGAAGCAAUAGAGCUAGCAGAAAUGGAUCACAACAAAGCCUUGGAUUUAAUUCGGUUUCUACUUGAAUAUUGGAUGGAGAAGUUUAGAGACGAGGCUACAAUUAGAAAGCUUUACUUUGCCCUCAAAGAAUGCAAAAGAAAUUACACUAAACUCCGAGGUAAAUUAUGA